AUGGUGGGACCGGUCGUGCAAAGCGAUCUCCUCUCGACUGUGCUACGGUUCCGCUUGCAUCGAGUCGCGUUGAUCGCUGAUGUGGAGAAGAUGUACAGGCAAAUUCGCGUGACGCUGUCCGACCAACGCUUGCAACGCAUCUACUGGAGAGACAACGAAGACGAGCCCGUCAAGACGUACGAGCUUUCGACCGUCACCUACGGAACGUCCAGCGCUCCGUAUCUCGCUACCAGGUGCUUGAAGAAGCUUGGAGAGGAUUGCGCGGAAAGCCAUCCAGUGGCGUCUCGCGUCAUCCAAGAAGACUUUUACGUCGAUGACAUGCUGUCUGGCGCAGACAGCAUCGAAGAAGCAAGUGCGCUGAUGAAGGAAGUCCGGCAGGUCACCGAUUCAGCUGGGUUCACGCUGAGGAAGUGGAACUCGAACUGCCCAGAGCUGCUCAAGCGGCUCCCGAAGCACCUGAAGGACGAGCGCAGCACGCUCGAGAUCGAUCCUGCGAAAACAACGGUGAAGACGCUGGGAUUACGAUGGGAGGUGUCAACCGACAUGUUCUGCUUCGUUCUCCCACAAUGGAAGUCGGAACUGUCCCCCAUCACGAAGCGCACGGUCCACUCGGACUCUGCGAUGCUGUUCGAUCCCGAUGGUUUCUUGGCUCCGGUGGUCGUUCAAGCAAAAAUAAUCUGCCAACAGCUGUGGAGGAUAAAGAGCGACUGGGAUGUACCGCUCGACGAAUCGCUGCAGCAGCUGUGGAGAGACUAUCGUAUGAGUUUGAUGGCGGUCGCAACGAUUAAGGUGCCGCGCUGGAUUGGGUUCAGCACCGAUUGCGUCGAGAUCCAGAUCCACGGUUUCUGUGACGCUUCAGAGCGAGCUUACGGUGCCGGCCUCUACCUACGCUGCACUGCGCUUGACGGUUCCGUCACGUGUCGACUGUUCUUGGCCAAGUCCAAGGUAGCUCCGAUGGAGAACCUGAAGCGCAAGAAGAAAAAGGUCAACAUUCCACGCUUGGAGUUGUCGUCUGGUUUGUUGUUGUCCCACAUGUACGAGAAGGUGCAGUCGAUUCUACCAGCUGCACAGUUGUUCUGCUGGACGGACUCGAUGAUCACGCUUGGAUGGCUUGCGUCACCCCCGUCACGUUGGAAGCCGUUCGUUGGAAAUCGGGUCUCGGAGAUUCAGCACAUUACGAGGAACGCAAUCUGGGGACACGUGCCUGGAGAAGAGAAUCCCGCAGAUAUCAUCUCGCGAGGAAUGUCGCCGGCGCUACUACAGUACCGAACCGACUUCUACGAAGCGCCGCGCUGGGUCGUUCAAGAUCGGGAGAAUUGGCCACGAACACAACGUGUGUCCUUGGCGGACUUCGACCCAGAAAUACCGGAAGAACGUGUCACCCCAGCAUUUCCCACUCAAGUGCGACCUCCGCACUGGUUGUUUGGACUGUGUGGCUCGUACAUGGAGUUGGUACGCUUGGUGACUUGGCUGCAAAGGUCCAAGUUCAACCUUUCACCGAAGAAUCGAGCUGUUAGGCGAUUUGGAUUCCUGACAUCCGAAGAAAUAGAAGAAGCUGUGCUGUUUUUGGUUCGACUGUCGCAAGAAGAAUGUUUCCCUGGAGAAAUGCAUUGCCUGAAGGCCGAUGGUGUGGUCCACCCAACGUCGAAGAUUGCACGCCUCAACCCACAACUGGUGGAUGGCGUCAUGCGAGUCGGUGGUCGUCUCUCGAACGCGAAGAUCUCGACCAACCGGAAGCACCCCCUCAUUCUGGACCAUCACCAUCCGUUCACUCGACUGGUAGUGAUGUACUUCCACGAAAGACUGUUUCACGCAGGGCAACAGCUGCUCAUUGCGAGCGUCCGCUCGAAGUUCUGGCCUGUCAACGUCCACAGCCUAGCGAGACAGGUCAUCCACGAAUGCAUCAGUUGCUUCAAAAGUAAGCCGAAGGUGAUCGAGCAGAUCAUGGCGGAUCUGCCUGCUGAACGAGUGAAUCCAGCGCCGCCGUUCCUCCACGUGGGCGUGGACUACUGUGGCCCAUUCCUCGUCAGCUACCCGAAUCGCAGGGCGAAGCCUGUGAAGUGCUACGUGGCCGUAUUUGUGUGUCUCGCUGUGAAGGCUGUCCAUCUGGAACUAGUCUCCGACCUGACGUCCCAGGCAUUCAUCGCAGCGUUGAGAAGGUUCGUGGCACGCCGCGGCAAACCGCUGCAGAUCAAGUGCGACAACGCCACCACGUUCGUCGGAGCGAAGAACGACCUGAUGGAGCUGCACCGGCUGUUCUACAAGCAGCAGUUCCAGGAUGUCGUCACGAAGACCGCGCUGGAAGAUGGGAUCGAGUUUAGUUUCAUUCCACCACGCUCACCGAACUUUGGCGGCCUGUGGGAAUCGCAGGUCAAGUCGUUCAAAACUCACCUGAAGAAGACAUUCGGACUGCAAGUACUGAAGAUGGACGAGAUGCUAACUGCCCUAGCGCAGAUCGAAGCUGUGCUCAACUCGAGACCGUUGACGCCGAUCAGUAACGACCCGCAGGACUUUGAAGCGCUAACGCCCGGGCAUUUCCUGAUCCAGCGUCCCCUCACGGCCAUCGCAGAGCCAGAUUUGGAAGGAGUGCCACAAAACCGCUUGGCAAUGUGGCAAAACGCGCAGCGUUUUACGCAGCAACUUUGGAAGAAGUGGAGUACGCAGUACCUGUCCAACCUCCAAAGUCGGACGAAGUGGACGAAGGAGCGAAACAACGUCGCCGUUGGUACGAUGGUGCUGAUCAAGGACGAAAACGCGCCUCCCCAGAAGUGGAAACUUGGUCGAGUACUGCACGUGUUUCGCGGAACGGACGGCAACGUGCGCGUUGUGACCGUUCGCACGGCAACCGGACGCUUCGAUCGAGCGAUCUCGAAGUCGGUCUCGGCUGCUCGCUCGGCAUUGAGCUUGGCCAGCUCACGCGCCGAUCGACCUCUCCGACGACCACGAAGUACGAAGGCGAAGACAUCCCAAGCCAGCGAAGGACAACUCCCCCAGGAAUUCACCGAUGAUCUGCGGAUCGAGCGCCAGAAUUCACCUGGUGGGUUCUGUCCGAGGCACACCACCAACUACAUCGACGUCCGAAAGUCCACCCGCACAAAACGCAUCCUCGUCCGCAACAACAGCACAGCGACGACCAGAACACCGCCGAACAACACACCACCAGCAAUACUACAGCAAAUCUCUUCCCGAGGAAACCUGCAACGAAAUCAACAUCAACAAGAUGGCAUUUCAACGAAGACGAAGAAGGCAUCAACCGAUGCACCUGCACCCCAACCGUGCGCAUUCUGUGGUCGACAGUUGUCCCACCCGAAGCAGAGCGUGUUCCGCUGGAACAUGCGACCCACCCACACCGAAGAUUCGCAGCGCAAGGCUGCAUCAGAAGGUCAGCACACGGCCAGCGAGCUGGCGAAUGCUGACGACGCGAAGCAGAGGCUGCAACGGCAGCAAAAACACCACCACGACCGCUACUCGGCGGCGACCCCCACGAGAAGGCUGCAGCGGCAGCAUCGAAGCAGCAGGUGA